GAUUAUUGUAACUCUGCGGACUAACUCACAUGAUCCUUCUUGUUAGGUUAGAUGGACUUUUGAUUCUGAACUGCAUUUGACAGAAUUAAUAGUCCCUUAUCUUUAGUUCCUCAUAAACUCUGCAUCCUGAGCCGAAUCCUAAUUGCUUCCCUAGUCUUACGGCUUCUCCCCACCCCUACAUUUAUCCCUCCAAGAGUAGAGAUCUGGAUAAAAUAGUCUUUAAAUCUGGCCAUUCCUACAGCUUGAUGACGUUAUCAAUAGUCGCUGGUCAUCUACGUAAGCGCUUAGCUGCCAGCACUCGGAACAUCGGUUUUAUAACUUUAAAACGUCGUUUAAAAAAACAAAAGUCAUUAUUUACAUUCACAUUUAAACUUGUCUGCUUUAGAGCACACCCACGUGAAAAACAAAGUGUCUCCUCCACGGCACAAGCGCAACGUGGAAAACCCGACAAUGAUUAAAAUCGUCUUGAGUCGCUAUAGCUCCCCAUAAAAAAAUAAAUAAAAACACGUUUGGACACCACUACAGCUCCAAAUACCCAAUUGGACCAAUAGGGAGGAGUAAAAGGGUGAGGGAAGCAAUUCAGAUUCUGACUUGGUAUUGCAUAAACUCCUGAAGUUACUUUAUUCUUAAAUUCUGGAUCCUGAACUUUAUUUCUCAUUCAUUCUGGAUCUUAAACUGGAAAUACAGUCCCAAAAAAAAAAAAGAUUUUCAAGACAAUCUCGUUCUUGAAAAUCUUCUGUGGAAAUACAGUCCAAGAACAAGAUUUACUUGAAUCUCUUGCUCUUGGACUGUAUUUCCACAUAAGGUCAGGACCCCAAACUUAUUUUCUGCUUAAAUUCUGGACUCUUGACUUUAUUUCUUCAUAAAUUCUGGAUCCUGGACCAAUGUUCUACAUAUUUUGACAAGAAAGACGAUUUUGUUAGUUUGAAGUUGUCAGAACGUGGUUCUUGGUGGUUUUACACAAAGCGACCACUAGAUGUCAGUGUUGCACCAGUGUUAUAACAUUAGAACCAUCUGUUCUCCGUGCACGAACAGUGGCUCUGCAGCAGCAGCUUUGCAGAUGGUUUGAUAAGAAGAUGAAGCGAAACAACAAAGCUUCCUUGUUCUGACUCUCGGGCACAGAACCGCCUGCAGGUGGAGCAGCUCCGCGAGUGAGUCCCUCCUCCUCCGUCAGUCCGUCUUCACCAUGAGCUCCCGGGCGGUGGCCGCCUGCCUCCGGCUCUCUCCGGCCGCGGUGCAGCUCCGGCGCUGCGGAGCCCCGGUUCUCCCGGUCAGGGGCCUGAACGUCCAGGCGACCACCGAGCAGGCGGGGAAGCUGAAGAGCAUCGACGAGCUUCCGGGCCCGAGCUGGCCUCGAACCCUGUACUGGCUGUUUGCGAGAGGAUACGCGGAGAAGGCUCACUUGCUGCAGUGUUUACAGAAGAGUCUGUAUGGACCCGUCUGGCGUUCCAAGUUCGGCCCGUUUGACAUAGUCAACGUGGCGUCUCCGGAUCUGAUUGCUCAGGUGAUCCAGCAGGAAGGUCGUUACCCGCUCCGAGUGGAGCUGGCUCACUGGAAGGAGUACCGGGAUCUGAGGGGACAGGCUUACGGCCUGCAUGUAGACACGGGGCCGGAGUGGUACCGAAUGCGCAGCGUCCUCAACCCCAAGAUGCUGAAGCUGCAGGAGGUGUCGGCCUACGCCCCCAUCAUUCACCGGGUGGUUGGAGAUCUGCUGCGGCGCGUGGAGUUCCUCAGAAGUCGCAGUCACGAUGGGAGCACGGUUUCCGACGUGGCGGCUGAGCUGUAUAAGUUUGGCUUUGAAGGUAUCUCCUCCAUCCUGUUUGAGACCAGGCUGGGCUGCCUGGAGGAGCAGAUUCCCCGCGACACCCAGCGCUUCAUCGCCGCCGUCAACGACAUGCUAAUGCUGUCAGAGGUCGUGAUCCUGUUCCCGCGCUGGACCCGCAGCAUCCUCCCCUUCUGGAGGCGCUUUGUGCAGGCCUGGGACGACCUUUAUGAAGUUGCAAAGAAGCUAGUCGACAGGAGGGUGGCUGAAAUCCAGGCCCAGGAUGGAUCCGGGGAGCCCGCGGACGGCCUGUACCUCACCUACCUGCUGGCGUCGGACAAGAUGAGCAGAGCUGAGGUCUACAUCAGCGUGACGGAGCUGAUGCUGGGCGGGGUCGACACGACCUCCAACACUUUGUCGUGGGCGCUGUACCAGUUAGCGAGGAACCGCAGGACUCAGGACUUCCUGUACAGUGAGAUCAACUCUCUGUGUCCGAACAAACAGGAGCCGACCAGAGACGACCUGAACAGGAUGCCGUACCUGAAGGCCGUCAUAAAGGAAACGUUGCGCCUGUAUCCCGUCGUCCACGGCAACGGACGCUUUGUUGCUGAGAAUGAAGUGAUUGUGGACAACUACUGUUUCCCGAAGAAGACUCAGUUCCACUUGUGCCACUACGCGGCCUGCCACGACGAGGCACAGUUCAAAAACCCAGAGGAGUUCAUCCCGGAGAGAUGGCUUCAAGUGGAAGCACCCAGCUGCCACGGCAACAGGGCCACGCCCGGCUUCUACCAACACCACCCCUACAGCUUCAUCCCGUUUGGCGUGGGCGUGCGAGCCUGCGUGGGGAGGCGGGUGGCAGAGAUGGAGAUGUUUUUUGCUCUCUCCCGGCUGGUGCAGAACUACACAGUUGAGCCCGAAGCCGGGGCGCCAGUCGUGGAGCCAAAGACCCGGACUCUCCUUGUUCCCUCACAACCCAUCAACCUGCGCUUCCUGCCUAGAAACUGAAGAGGGCGCCAAAAACACAUUUUACCAAAAAAGAAAAACAAGAGGCAAGCUCAGUUGAGAGAUAGACUCACUAGUAGAAAAAGUGUCAAAGGUGGACCGGAAUGUGUGUGAUAUUUGUGCUGAUCCUUGGUAUUUCUUUUUGGGUGGUUUUGUUGUGUUUUGUUUUUGUCUUACUCUUGCAUGCGGUUUAAUUGUUUGGAUCAUGGACCUGAUUGCACAGACCUGGACCUCAUUGGGCAGAACUCCUCAGCACUGCUUAUAUGGAACUCUGAGCAGAUGCCCUGAAGCGAAACGAUCAAGCAGCGGAAUCAGACGCUCGCAGCGCAGCUGAAGCGUGCCGUAAGGAAGGAAACUCCGGGUGAGAGCAGAGGAAGGGCGGACCAGCAGAUCGCCAGCCCAACGCCGAUAUUGAGGACGAAGCGGGAGCCUUGUGAGACGGGGGCGUCGACCCUGCGGAGGAACGCCGGGGCUGACUGGAAAGCUGCACGUGGGACCUGAAGGCCUGACAAUCGGUGAAUAAAGCCGCUGGUUUUCCCCCUCCAUGGCUGGUUUCAAUGGUGGACCUUUGGACUGGACUUUUUUUUAGCUGGGACUUUUAUUUUUUUUAACCGUUGCAACUGUUUUUAGAUUACUAUUUCUUAAAUCCAUUUUUAAACUUUUAAUUGUUUUUAGUAAUAUUUGCACAGUAUUUUAUUGAGCGGAUUCAAUCAGCAGGGUGACCAAAGUAUAUAUUUUUUAAUUUAAACUAAAACGCAUUUGUAUAUGACAGUUUUAUGAUACUUAAAGCAUCUAUUUUAAUGGUCGUUUAGAUACUUAAGCAAAAAUACUAAAAACUGAAAAAAUUAUAUAUAUAGUUUGUAAAGAAUUUUUAGAAAACUCCUGUUAGAACAGAUUUGAAAAAGUACAUUUAGGAAAUUACCCUUAAAUAUAUUUUUUUUGUCAAACAAAA